GGGUAGAUCAGUCUUGAUCCAGCAUUCGGUCAACAAACAGCGCGAAACUGUUUUCGGUUCCACUCCGAAAAAGACCCAACUGCCACACCGCCGUGGUGACAAAACGAUAUCAUAGCAUUACCUACCGACGGAGAAACAACGCGAGCGCGAUCAAGUCGAUCAGAUCGCCGUCGUCGUAGUCGAAUUAUGUAAGGGAAGCGUCGUUUUUUUUUGCUUUUCAAGGAGACGACGUCGACGUGCGCGAAAAUAUUCAGCAAUUGCUCAAUACCCGAGCGGCGGGACAUUGAAAUCGAAUUAAGCUGCGCGCGGCAACCAUACCCUACCCCUUUGGAGGAGAGCAGCGAGGUUGCGUUGGCCCAAUAGAGGGAGGCUCUCGGUGUCGAUUGUUUUCUGAGGAUAAACUAGUUUCGUUCCCGAGCGGUUCGUUCAGUGAUAGCCAGUAGACCCAAUCGAACGCGUGCUAGCUAUCUAUCCUAGCAACACCUAUCUAGCGCUGUGAAGUGUUUCAAUUGAUUGGUAGUUCUGGUUAUCUUGAUAGAAAGUGAAAGUGAUAUCUAGAAACGAAAAUGAAGGUUCUAAACGUCCUGCCUGCCGCGUAUCUAUUCUUAGUGGCACUUUUGUCCACAACGAGUUACAGUGGCACUUCAGUGAAAGCCCAGGAGCCCCUGUUUGAGCUGCCGGUACAGCUGAUUGGAUUCCCGGUCAUCAUCCUGUCCGUGAGAUUGGCCAACUUUGCCAAGAAGCUCGCGUACUCGGUUAAUCCAAAAACCUAUCAAUCGCGCAGCCGGCGGGAAACGUUGGCCGGUGCCGGUGAACUCACCGAGGAGGAAAUCUCCCGUAUGGCGGUCGACAUUGCCCAGGCCGAGCGCCGGAUCCUGCACGAGUUCGGCCCGAAGGCGUGCAUCGAGGAAGAACCAUGCCGACUGCACGCGGUCCGAUCGACCCGCACGGCCGCUGCCCCCGGCGACUACCAACCGGACUGGAACGAUAUCUUGAAGAACUACAAGGUGCGAGCAUCCGGUAUGAAGCAGUGGUACCUGCUGUCAGUGUUCAUCGGAGACUACAUCCGGGAUGUGCAGUUCUGCAAGCAGCUGGCCAAGCGGCUGGCGUGCGAUCGGAACCAGAAGGAGUUUGUGCGAGAUUGAGGCGUUGCGUUAGGAGCUGCAUGGAUGGAGCGUUUAGAUUAAUUGUUAAGUAGUGCGAAUGGAUUAAAUUAUUUUCUGUAAAUAGA